UGCCUGAAACGGGUUGGAUGGGCACGAGGUGGUCCAGGCAGAGUGGGGGGGAGCUCAACUAGAUGACCUCUGGAGCAGCGUUUCUCAACCUGUGGGUUGUGACCCAAAACAAUAUAUGUGAAGGGAUCACAAACAAACUUUAAAAAUGGAUUAUCCUUUACAGGAGAAAAAUGUGGGAACCUGAGGCUUUUCCCUUGAAGGCUGGCAGGGUCCCUGCCUGUGAGGGGCUGCUGGGGGACCCCCUAUGCCCCACACCCAUCCCCUGCCCCACGCACUGGAGUGGGGGACGGGCAGGGCCAGGGGGCUGUUUUCUACUUAAACUAUUCAGGGGGUCAGGGCUGGGCCUUGCUGUUUACCAGCGAGCGGCGCACAGGACCAGGCGGGCGGGAAGCGCUGGUUUAGCGGGUAGACAGUUCCGCGCUGCCCGCGAGCGCCGACCGGCAGGCCGGGUCCCCGGGCGCGGCGCGGGGCUGCAGUCAGGGGCACGUGGCCGGCCGCAGCCCAGGCAGGGGGAGCACGAGCUUUGCCGGACUCUUCAGCCGACGGGCAGGGAAAAGCAGUGGGCCCAAGCGGGGUCACGAAAGCCCCCGGCCCGGCUCGACCCCGCCCAGGUGCCGGCGCGGGGAGGGCCGGGAAGCAGAGCGAGCCGCCUCGCCGCCGGGCCGGGAGACGGAGCCAUGUCCGCGGCGCGCCGGGGCCGAGCGGGCGCGGGGGAGCCGGGGCCCGCGGUGCCGCAGGGGCUGCUCCGCGCCGCCCGCAAGAGCGGCGUUUUGAACCUGUCGGGCCGGGACCUGAGCGAGGUGCCUCAGCAUGUGUGGCGAAUAAAUUUGGACACUCCAGAGGAAGCCCAUCAGAACCUCUCUUUCAGUGCUGCUGAUCGCUGGUGGGAGCAAACAGAUCUGACCAAACUUAUCUUAGCCUCAAACAAACUGCAGUGUCUUUCAGAGGAUGUCAGACUUCUUCCUGCUCUCACUGUGCUGGAUAUACAUGAUAAUCAGCUGACAGCUCUUCCUUCUGCUAUAGGAAUUUUGGAAAAUCUGCAGAAACUGGAUGUUAGCCAUAACAAGCUGAAAAAUAUACCAGAGGAAUUGACACAGUUGAGGCACUUGAAGAGCCUUCUUGUACAACACAAUGAGUUAAGUCAUUUACCUGAUGGAUUUGGACAGCUUGUCAGUUUGGAAGAGCUAAAUCUUUCCAACAACCAUCUUGCAACUAUUCCAACCAGUUUUGCUUCCCUAACUAACUUGAUACGACUCAACGUGGCCCAGAAUCAGCUAAGGAGUCUGCCAGCAGAAAUCUGCUCAAUGAAAAGCUUAAAACAACUGGAUUGCACUAAAAACUUCUUAGAGACUAUACCUCCUGAAUUGGCCAGCAUGGCAUCUUUAGAACAGCUUUACUUAAGAAAAAAUAAAUUGCAUUUCUUACCAGAAUUCCCAUCAUGCAGAUUACUAAAGGAGUUACAUGUUGGAGAAAAUCAGAUUGAAGUGUUAAACACAGAGCACCUUAAGCAUUUGAAUUCUCUCUGUGUGUUGGAGCUUAGAGAUAACAAGCUUAAAUCGCUUCCUGAUGAAAUUACUUUGCUUCAAAAGUUGGAGCGACUUGACCUAGCUAACAAUGAUAUUAGUAGAUUGCCUUAUGCACUGGGGAACCUUCCUCACUUGAAAUUCCUCGCACUAGAGGGAAAUCCUUUGAGAGCUAUUCGAAGAGACAUUUUACAGAAAGGCACCCAAGAACUUCUGAAGUAUCUAAGAAGCAAAAUCCAAGAUGAUAUAACUAACCCAAGCGAGGAACCUCCUGUGACAGCCAUGACUCUUCCAAGCGAGUCAAGAAUUAACAUGCAUGCCAUAACUGCGUUAAAAUUGCUAGAAUAUAGUGAGAAACAAGCAGCUUUGAUUCCUGAUGAAGUAUUUAACGCAGUAGGAAGCAAUCCUGUCACCACAGUAAACUUGAGCAAGAAUCAGCUCAGUGAAAUUCCUGCCAGGAUUGUAGAGCUGAAAGAAUCAGUUUGUGAUGUCAAUCUUGGCUUCAAUAAGCUCUCAUCCAUUUCCUUGGAGCUCUGUUUGCUUCACAGAUUGACACACGUGGAUGUCAGAAAUAACUUUUUGACAUCUUUACCUGAAGAAAUGGAAGCACUUACAAAACUGCAAAUAAUAAAUCUUGCCUUUAAUAGGUUUAAAAUAUUUCCCAGUGUCCUUUAUCGCAUCCCAACACUUGAAACUAUCCUGCUUAGUAACAAUCAAGUUGGAUCUAUAGAUCCUUUCCAGCUGAAGAAGAUGGACAAGCUUGGCACCUUAGACCUUCAGAAUAAUGACCUCCUACAGGUGCCGCCAGAACUUGGAAACUGUGAAACUCUGAGGACACUUCUGCUGGAAGGAAACCCGUUCCGCACUCCUCGAGCAGCCAUUUUGGCAAAAGGAACAGCUGCAGUACUGGAAUAUCUAAGAAGCCGAAUUCCUACUUGAUCAUAGUCAAGUUUUCGUUUCUUUGUUGGGUUCAUGAAUUAAAGUGCAAGCAAAGUUUGUCCAGUGCAGCAAACUUAGUCUUCCCAGUUGUCAACUAUAUUAAACUGGCCUGUGCCAUAAAGUAUUUGUAGUCUGCAUGUUGAGAAAGGUACCCAACAAUUUUAGAGUUUUUUCCAAAGUUACACAUCUGAACACCAAGUUAAAAACAUCACUGUCUCUGGAAUUAUACCCUGUAAAUUCAGGAUUUCUUUGCAUAUUGGUUUCAGUAAUUUCUUCUACAAGUCCAUUUUUUUAACUUUUCCAAAUGUCAAAAGACUUGUGUAAAAGUGCAAAGUAAGCUUUCUGAAAGGUUGUAUUGUAUGGAAUUCCCAGACCAUAUGUUUUGUGGCAGCUAAUCAAUUUUAACUGUUGCAUCAAGUAUCAUUAUAUGUUACCUGUCUGCCUGUUCUAAAAUGCCCCAAACCUUAAAUUAUAGAGUUAUGAUAUAACAAAAAAGGCAAGGGUAAGGAUUGAAAUGUGCUACAAAGGGUGUACAUGUUUACAGUAAAACUGAUCAAAAUUUACUUUGUUACUAGCACACUUUAAAACAAUAAAUGCUUCCUAUUGGA